ACCGUCCAGCUGCUUUCCGGUGUCUUUAAAUGCUCAGCCAUUAAUCUGAACCCGACACCGAAGGUGUUUUUUUAACGGAGAAAGAAUCGAAAUACAUUAUGGCUAUACCUAUUAGCUAAUUGAUUAGGACGUGACUGUGUAAUUGGGCGCUUUUGUUUUAUUGUUUUGGAGCCGUCGAAUCGAAGAAGUCGUGUUUUUGAGUCUGUUCGUGCUCUGGGAUCGGUCUCGGUUCCUCUUAUUUUCUGCCGCAGUCAGAAAUUGUUUCAGUUCCCUGAGAGAAGCUAACGGUAGCCUGCUACUGCUGCUGCUAGUGAAGGCCAGCUAGCGGGAGCCGUCGCGGUUCCAACCAAAACGCUGUAUUUAUUUGGACUGGUUGACUUUCCAAUGCUUCGUCAGCAAGCUAAACACUAAUAAUAUUCUUUUUACUUUGUGUCUGCUGAGUCUGUGUGACCUUGUGGAGCUAGCUACGUUUGUUCGCGCAGUUAGGCCGUCUGUUUGCACGGUAGCUGCUUCGCUAGUGCCAGUGUCGGCUAGCUGGCUAACUUUUCUCUCGGUCAGAUAAUGCAGCUGCAGUAGGACACUUUCACCCGGAAUCAAGCCUCGUCUAAAGGCAGUGUGAAGCAGAGAAAGGCUUGAGAGAAAAGCACAUACAGGCUCUUUGUGCCAGGGUUUGCCACCUCCAACACACCAUUUCCUGUGUGCCUUCCUCCUCAACAACAGCCAUGAGCUCGCCCAGAGAAUCACAGGACACAGUGAACCUGCGUCUGAUCCUCGUGAGCGGUAAGACACAGGACUUCACCUUCUCGCCUAAUGAUUCGGCCACAGACAUUGCUCGUCAUGUCUUUGAAAACUGGCCUGCAGGAUGGGAAGAGGAGCAGGUGAGCAGCCCCAGUAUCCUAAGACUCAUUUUCCAGGGCCGGUUCCUGCAUGGCAACGUCACACUAGGAGCCCUGAAGUUGCCUCCUGGCCGAACAACUGUUAUGCACUUGGUUGCCAGAGAGACACUGCCAGAGCCCAACUCCCAUGGCCAAAGAAACCGGGAGAAGACUACAGAAAGCAGCUGCUGCUUACUGCUGUAAAACAGAAGAGAAAAAAACUCCCUGAUCCCCGAACAUGCCUUCUAUUCCUCUAUCCCUGCUCCCUUUCUCUGCUCGCCAACCUAUGAUGCAUUCUGAAUGAUUAAAGAAUGGCUCAGAGGGUCAGAUCAAUUUUUCAUUCACUUUAUUCCUGUAUAGUAGCUGGAAACCUUCUGUGCCAAGUACUCAAUUUCAUUCUUUCAUUUGCCCUGUUUUCUUGCCAAAAUUACUUUUUGCUUAGUAAAACCAUGAUCCUUUGUACAUAGAUCUCUAUUAAAAAUCCAGAUAUCAAAUAUCCAGAUAACUAAAAGGAAAAUGUAAAAUAGGAGUGUGAGAAACUGUUUAGGGAAAUUCUCUAGUGAGAAUUUUCCAGGUCCCUUUCUCCACAUACAGUCUUUUCUGACUGGAAAUGUGGUCUUGGAAGUGGCUCAGCCCUUAAGGGCUAGCUGGCACUUAAACUCACACAUCUGAUCAUCAACAUAGCUUGCACUCUACUCAGACCCUUACCUGAAGCCCACAGUGGUUGACAGCACAUCGCUUCAUCACGUUAUCACUCUUGCUUUGUACAAAUAGGACAAAAAAAAAAGUUUGCCCUAACAUUGGUGGACUGAUAGGACAUGCCAUGAGCACCCCAUAUACCUUUGACGCCGGACCAAGCAAGAGUUUGAACUCAAUCGAAAGGCUUUUUUUCCCCUUAUGUGACGGCUAUGUCGACACCUGUGCAUGCCCUAGUCUAGUGUUUUCUUACCCUGGGUGUGUACCUGACUUCUUGGAAAACUGUUCAUCUCUUGUGUGCUUGAAGGUCUGUCUGCCUGAAAAGGAAGUGAAAAGGUUGCCAAAUGUGCUUGAACUGUGAGAAACUCAUCAUCUCCUUAGCCACAUAGACGUACUUUGUCUGCUAAGAUGUCCUGAGGGACAGUCACCACCAUCUGAUGCAAAGGAUAAAAAGAAGGGAAUCGUCAGUGGGCUCCUGCCUGAAAGCCUUGGCCAUAAAGGCUGCAUUGUAAGCGUGGUGGAUUCCUGGAGCACCCCGACGAGCUCCACUGGCAUCGGAAAAGACUGCAAGUGAACGGGGGUGGCAUCCCUUAAUGGGCCCCACCAUGGGGUUAGGAGGAAAAAUGGGUGUUUUAUUUCCUAAUGUUUUAUGCUGUCUGCUUUUCUUUUGACUUCAAAUUGUGGAGAAUUAAUAUUAAUAACAAUGGAAUUCUAAACAAAGUUAUUUGUAAUCUUGUGUCUGUGUAUUUCAGCUUUUAAUUGCUACACAUUUAAAAGGCGACUGGUGUGAGUGUGAGACAGGUUUUUGAGGAGGGAUGGCCCAAAUGAUAUGGGAGAACAGAUCAGACAUGGAUGACAAUGUCCAGUGGUCUUUGCUCUUCCUUUGAGUGGUCAUCCCUCAGUGAGUGUGUAUUAAAACUUGUCAAUGCUAUAAAAUUAGCUUCAGAAUAUUAAAUGUAAAAAUACAGUAUGCCUAAAAUCCUGUAUUAUAAAUUAAUAAAAAAAAUCUUUCAACUAAA